AUGCGAUCUUCUUAUUUGUCGCUCUCCCGCUCAUAGUUUUAGCAGUGCUUCAUAGGCGCGAUCUCAUUGUGCUGUUUUCGCAUGCAAAUAAAUUGUAACUGUUGUUUUGCAGUCCCACUCACGUAUCACAAUAAAUGCAACCACAGGGUAUAAUAAAUAUAAGCUUGUAAAUAUAUUUCGCAGCUGCAUAAAUACAUUUGUUGGUCACCAGAUUUGCCAUUACUGAAGCGGACUGAUAAUUGUGUUGCUGAUGCAACUGACGCGUUCCCAGGCAAAGAGCAAAGCAUUCGCCCUAGCAAAGGAGUCUCUUGAAAUUCCAAAUGGCAGUGAAUGGCGCAAAACAGAUGGAGUCGACUGAGUUUGAGGUCCUCGAAAGCAUUCCCAACGAUCCCGACACUGGCAGGUUUAUCGGACAGGCACGGUAUCUGAAAUUGGAGAUAGCAUCCGUCGCGGAGGGUGUGCGACGCUUCCUACACGGUGUGGUGGCCAUGGAGACAUUCACCGGAGAUGUCGUGCUGGAGGACUGUGUCGAGAUGACCGCCAACACUGUGCUCCACUACCAUGGCAUCGUUAAGGUGCCACGUUCAUGCAUACUCAAGUUUAUAUACCCAAAACACUUUUUGGACAACAAUAAUACUCAAGUGCAUCCUCGGAUAAUAAUUUCUCAUUCGUGGCUCAUCAAUUUGUAUCCCUCGCCGCCGGCAAUGAUUGUCAUAAAAUUCGAUGAAAAUAAACAAUUAAAAUGAACCCUCAAAAUGUAAUCAAAACAACAAAUAAAACCGCGACAGCAAAUGCUAA